AUGAGUAAAAACAGAGAUCCUCUGCUGGCUAAUCUGAACGCCUUCAAAAGCAAAGUGAAGUCUGCCCCAGUAAUCGCACCCGCUAAAGUUGGACAGAAGAAGACUAACGACACAGUUAUUACCAUAGAUGGAAACACUAGGAAGAGAACAGCUUCCGAACGUGCGCAAGAGAACGGUUUGAAAUCUGCGAAGAAUCCUGUAUUAGCGGAUAUCAAGAAAGAAGCUGGAAGUAAUAGCUCUAAUGCCAUUACGCUAGAUGACGAUGACGAUGACGAAGAUUUUGGUAGCUCUCCUUCAAAGAAAGUGAGGCCCGGUUCUAUUGCUGCUGCUGCUUUACAGGCCAAUCAAACAGAUAUUUCCAAGAGUCAUGAUUCUUCAAAGUUACUUUGGGCCACGGAAUACAUUCAAAAGAAAGGUAAGCCCGUGUUGGUCAGUGAAUUAUUGGACUACUUGUCGAUGAAGAAAGAUGACAAGGUUAUUGAACUUUUAAAGAAAUUGGAUAGGAUUGAAUUUGACCCCAAAAAAGGAACUUUCAAGUACCUUUCCACUUACGAUGUUCAUUCCCCUUCGGAACUUCUGAAGUUGUUACGUUCACAAGUAACGUUCAAAGGUAUAUCCUGCAAAGACUUGAAAGAUGGUUGGCCGCAAUGUGAUGAAACGAUUAACCAACUAGAGGAAGACAGCAAGAUCUUAGUGUUAAGGACUAAAAAGGAUAAGACUCCAAGAUACGUUUGGUAUAAUAGCGGUGGUAAUUUGAAAUGUAUCGACGAGGAGUUUGUUAAAAUGUGGGAAAAUGUACAAUUACCGCAGUUUGCAGAAUUACCAAGAAAGCUGCAAGAUUUAGGUUUAAAACCUGCUAGUGUCGAUCCUGCAACUAUCAAAAGACAAACAAAGAGAGUUGAAGUUAAGAAGAAGAGACAAAGAAAGGGUAAGAUUACUAACACUCAUAUGACUGGUAUCUUAAAAGAUUAUUCCCACAGGGUAUGA